AUCAACAUUCUCUUUGGUCAUCCUCUAGCUCUCUUGCAGGGCAGCUCCAUCCCCAUCACUCUUCUACCAAUAUACAGGAAGUUCUCGAGUUAAGACGCACUCGACCUACAACGUUUCGACUUUACGACGCCCGUACCUCGUCCGCCAUUUUGUCCCAGCACCAUAGUGUUUCUGCUCAGCUAGUGCAUAGUACUUGUCUGUGUUUGUGCGGCGGGAGUAUCUUUGCCUUUUUCACCCUCCUUUUUUCACACUCUCAGCAGUAAUGAGCGUUCCCACCGGCCAGCCUCACGCCGGUGUUCGUCUCCUCUGGUCCGGCCGAGGAAGACGCACACGCCCAGUUAGGCUUGGAAGUCCGUUCCUUAGGGGGACCGAGUCAGUCAGCCAGGUGGACCUUGCUGCCGGGGCAGCAGCGAAUGUCGCCGCCACGGAGACCGCCCCAGCGACUCGUCGCCAGCGACGUAAACCCGGCGAGUUUGUCCAGCCUGCUCCUUGUCCACCAAGUGCACCUCAACGGGACAACGUAAAGAUCGGUAUUUGGCGCCGGCCGAGGAAGACGAACAUGCCCGCUUGGCCGCUCGAGUUGGCCAGCGGUGAACCUUGCCGCCGGGGUGGCGGCAGAUCUCACCGCGAGCCCGUGACGAGGUCCGCCACGCUUGAUCAGUGAUUCAAAGUUUUGCUUUUCAAUGUAUUUCAUCCUCUUAUUUCGAACAUUUCUUAACGCUGCAUCCAGUAAUGGCGGGUCAGUGAAAAGUGAAAAAAUAAACGCCUACAGAAGUCUGUCAACCGGUCAGCGUUCGUCAGCACACCCCAACCCCAAAAUAGUUCCUGUUAGCUAAAGGAAGACCCUACCUGCCAGGAGGAACAAACAAUCCAGGGGAAACCUUCGGUACCCUGGUAGUUUUUUUUUCAGUGGGGACACAGGGCCAACUCAAGCUACAAGUAUAGCUAGGGAAGUUCCUUCAAAGGUUCCUGCAGUGGGAAAGCCCCUAUUGAUUAAAACGGUACCAAAACGGCUGUGCACAUCAAAUUCCACGGUCACACCGAACCCCCAAUCAGAAAAAAAGCCUUUAAUAUGUCACAAACAAAAACGUCUGUUUAACAUCAUCAUCCAAAUCUCAUCUAUCUUUGGGCAAGAAGCGGGGUACACCCCAAGCUGGUCGCCAGCCAAUCGCAGGGCACAUAUAAACAACCAUUCGCACUCACAUUCACACCAAUGGGCAAUUUAGAGUCUUCAAUCAACCUACCACGCAUGUUUUGGGGAUGUGGGAGGAAACCAGAGUAACCGGAGAAAACCCACACAGACACAGGCAGAACAUGCAAACUCCGCACAGGCGAGGCCAGAUUAGAACCCGGGUCCUCAGAACUGUGAAGCAGACGUGCUAACCAGUCGACCACCGUACCACCAUGUGCAUAUAUAUAUAUAUAUAUAUACAGUGGGUAUGGAAACUAUUCAGACCCCUUAAAAUGUUCACUGUUAUAUUGCAGCCAUUUGCUAAAAUAGUUUAAGUGCAUUUAUUUCCUCAUUAAUGUACACAAAGCACCCCAUAUUGACAGAAAAAAAAGGAAUUGUUGAAAUUUUUGCAGAUUUAUUAAAAAACAAAAGCUGAAAUAUCACACAAACAUAAGUAUUCAGACACUUUGUUGUGACACUCAUAUAUUUAACUCGGGUUCUGUCCAUUUCAUCUGAUCAUCCUUGAAAUAGUUCUACACCUUCAUUGGAGUCCAGCUGUGUUUGAUUAUACGGAUUGGACUUGAUUAGGAAAGCCACACACCUAUCAAUAUAAGACCUUACAGCUCACAGUGCAUGUCAGAGCAAAUGAGAAUAAUGAGGUCAUAGGAACUGCCUGAAGAGUUCAGAGACAGAAUUGUAGCAAGGCACAGAUCUGGCCAAGGUUUCAAAAAUGUUUCUGCUGCACUUAAGGUUCUUAAGAGCACAGUGGCCUCCAUAAUCCUUAAAUGGAAGACGUUUGCAAUGACCAGAAUCCCUCCUCGACAUGGCCGUCUGGCCAAACUGAGCAAUUGUGGGAGAAGAGCCUUGGAGAGAGGGGUAAAGAAGAACCCAAAGAUCAGUGUGGCUGAGCUCCAGAGAUGCAGUCGGGAGAUGGGAGAAAGUUCUAGAAAGUCAACCAUCACUGCAGCCUUCCACCAGUCGGUGCUUUAUGGCAGAGUGGCCCGACGGAAGCCUCUCCUCAGUGCAAGACAUGAAAGCCUGCAUGGAGUUUGUUAAAAAACACCUGACGGACUCCAAGAUGGUGGGAAAUAAGAUUCUCUGGUCUGAUGAGACCAAAAUAGAACUUUUUGGCCUUAAUUGUAAGCGGAUGUGUGGACAAAGACCAGGCACAGCUUAUCACCUGUCCAAUACAGUCCCAACAGUGAAGCAUGGUGGUGGCAGCAUCAUGCUGUGGGUGUGUUUGUCAGCUGCAGGGACAGGGAGACUGGUUGCAAUCGAAGAAAAGAGGAAUGCGGCCAAGUAUAGGGAUAUCCUGGACAAAAACCUUCUCCAGAGUGCUGAGGACCUCACACUGGGCUGAAGGUUCACCUUCCAACAAGACAACGACCAUAAGCACACAGCUAAAAUAACGAAGGAGUGGCUUCAGAACAACUCUGUGACUGUUCUUGAAUGCCCCAGCCAGAGCCCUGACUUAAACCAAAUUCAGCAUCUCUGGAGAGACCUGAAAAUGACUAUCCACCAACGUUCACCAUUCAACUUGACAGAACUGGAGAGGAUCUGCAAGGAGGAAUGGCAGAGGAUCCCCAAAUCCAGAAGACGAAGAGCACGGUCCCGGUGGUGCUGAGCGCCGGCCCCAAGUGGCUGCUGGAUGUGACUUGGCAGGGAGCAGAGGACAACAAAAACAACUGUGUGGUGUACAGCAAAGGUGGCCAACUGUGGUGCACCACCACCAAGAACAUGAUGGAGGGCGAAGAGCUGGUGGCGUUUGCGGUCGACUUUGACUCACGUCUGCAGGCAGUGAACCACAUGUCUUUGAGCGAGGGCAUGUACCCAGCCAGGCUGCUGGACAGCAUCCAGCUCUUGCCGCAGCAGGCUGCAAUGGCUUCCAUCCUACCCACUGCAAUUGUCAACAAGGACAUCUUCCCCUGCAAAGCUUGUGGGAUCUGGUUUCGCAGUGAGAGGAAUCUACAGGCCCAUCUGAUGUACUACUGCAGUGGGCGGCAACGGGAACCUGAGACGGUUGUUGAAGACAGUGACACCGCACCCCACCAGACCUCCAGUAUGUGCCCCUUCCCACAAUGCAACAAGACCUUUUCAGGGGCCAGGGCGCUGGAGAUGCACCUGACCACUUCACACAGUGGUGUCAAAAUGGAAGAGAGCCUCCCUCCUGGCACCAGCUUGAAAUGCACAAUCUGUAACUACACGGCAGAUUCUCUUAUUACAUUCCAGCAUCACAUCAUGUCUCACCUGUCACAGGCGGCCUUCAGAUGCAAUCACUGCCAUAUCAGCUUUCAGAGCCACAGGGAACUCUUACAGCAUCAGGACUUACAUGGACAUGGCAACAAACUUCACAGGGAAGGCGACGCCACCGAGCAUUCCCCCCGGGGGUCUGAUGAGAGCCUCCAGCAGCAGCAGCAGCAGCAGCAGGCCUGCACCGAGCUGGCCAACAGGAAGGAUGCUCUGCUGGGAAGUCCCAAAGGGGCCCUCAACAAGGAGACCAGCACAGACGGAGAGGCCGACAAGGCCGAGAAAAAGCCCAUGCUGUCUGCUCAGAAGGGAGAUGCCCACCCAGGCAGCAAAGCAAGUUUUUCUUACACUCGGAUCAAAUCGGAGCCCUCGAGCCCCCGUCUGGCCUCUUCCCCCGUGCAGCAUAACAUGCCUACAUUUCCCAUGGGCCCCUUCUUGUCUCAGUUCGCUUUCUCCCAAGACAUUUCAGUGGUCCCCCAGGCUUCCGAGAUUCUAGCUAAAAUGUCAGAGCUAGUUCACCGGAGACUACGUCACGGAGGGAACAGCUACCCCCCAGUCAUCUACAGCCCGCUUAUGCCCAAAGGAGCCACCUGUUUUGAAUGCAAUAUCACUUUCAGCAACCUGGACAACUAUUUGGUCCACAAAAAGCACUACUGCAACAGCCGCUGGCAACACAUGGCAAAGUCACCCGACUUCUCUGUCCUUUCUGACAAGGUCCCUGAGUCAGUGAGUCCUAACAGCGGGCACACCUCCGUUAGCAUGUUGACCGGAUGCCACCCUGCUGAAGGCGACAGUCACCUCAUGCAGUCAGCCUGCCUGAACUCCAGUAUGUUGGACAUGAUCAAUGCUGGGGCCAAAGGGCUUGAUAAGGAUCCAGCAGGGCAGGUGAAGAAGGUCUCAACACCAACUGGGGUUGAAGAGAGGCUCAAUGGAAAACAGAUCGAGGGGAAAAGCCCGAGUACCGGUCUAGUGGAGAGCGACAACGACCCGAGCAAGACGACCUGCGAUGCCUGUAAUAUCACCUUCAGCCGCCAUGAGACCUACAUGGUACACAAGCAGUACUACUGCGCCACCCGUCAUGACCCGCCCAUGAAGCGCAUGUCCACCAACAAGGUGCCCUCCAUGCAGAGGACCAUGAGAACUCGGAAGCGAAGAAAGAUGUACGAGUUGUGUCUCCCCGAUCCGGACCAUCAAAGGGCCCCCAUGGGACAGACGGGUUUCCUCGGGGUUCAUCCUAUGAAUCCUUGUUCGUCCCAAGAAGCCGUGGACAGCCUCGGAGACCGUUUCCAGCCCCGCUGCGACAUCUUUCCAGGUAUGGUCCCUAAACACCUGGAGGCCUCUCUGACUGUCACUAAACCUAUUUUGACCCCCAAAUGCAAUACAGAGGAGCCACAUGAGUUGGAUGCCCCGAUUGAUCUCAGCAAAAAGUGUUCACCUCUCUCCGAUAAGACAUGUAGCUCUCCAAAAAGACUGUUGGACUACCACGAAUGUGCAGUGUGUAAAAUAAGUUUUAAUAAAGUGGAGAACUACUUGGCACACAAACAGAACUUUUGCCCAGCUACGGCUGCCGCUACGGCUCAGAAGUCACAACAGCCACAUCAACAGCAGCAACAGAAUGAGACGGGCAGCCUGGACACUACUAUGUUCCCGGAUGUGAAGAACGAAGGCAAUAACAACACUGGUGAGACCUACGAUAAGAGCCCAAGCAAAUGUGAAAAAAAUGCCAAUGGGAAGGUGAUGGUGCAGAAUGGAGGCCUGUUCCCACCUCACCUGGGGCCUGUGACGGGUCUCAAGCCUUUUGCUGAACCCCAGCUUAUCCCAUCAAAAGAUGAGAACAAGAACCUGUAUCUGCCCCAUUGCCUUUAUCCCGGAGCAAUAAAGAAGAUGAAAGGCUCCGAGCAAAUAUCGCCGUAUUUUGGGAUAAAGCCGACCGACUAUGUGAGCGGAGGACCAGUGAUGCAGGGAGAGGCCAGCGAACAGGAGCAGAGUGUUAACGGGGGAGGAAGCGGAGGUGAGGCGGCGACAACGCGGGAAGCGACCCAACAGCCCGCUGCUAAUGGCUGCCCUCAUCCUGGCAAGGAGCCUCUCCCCCUACUGCCCAAAAACCGAGGCAUGGUCAUCGUCAACGGGGGACAUAAGCCGGAAGAACGCUCAGGCACAGCACCGCAACAGGAGAAUCAGCCCCAGCCAGAUGGCCAAGCCACUAAUCCCUCACCAACGUGGGCCGCAGAGAACCCAGCAGACUCCAAUGAGAACAUGUCACCUUCCUCCAAGUCCCCAAAUGAGGAUGCAGCACCCACAGCCAAUAAAGGGAUGAACGGCUCCGGAAGUAGCAAGUACUGUCGCCUCUGCGAUAUCCAGUUCAACAACCUGUCAAACUUUAUUACCCAUAAGAAGUUUUACUGUUCAUCACAUGCUGCAGAGCAUGUUAAAUGAGAAGACAGAUUCUUCCUCUCGAACCUCUUUCCUCCUUAUCCCCGUCUUAUUUCCCCCCUUUUUUUUUUCCUAAUUUGUUUUGGUACACUGUUUGUGUCUGGAAUAGUGCAUCACGCAGUGCUAAAAACUGCUUGUGGACAAUCAAGAGAGGCUCCUCCUGUCGUUUUAUGAAAUAAACAUGCAAAAACCAUUGGUUAAAAAAGAAAGAGAAGAAAAUGAAUCAAGAAUAAUAUUGGUGCCACUUUCACAUUAACUUAUUUUACAAUCAGUAUUAAUGAGUAGUGAUUUUAAUUUAAAUUCAAAUGAAAUUUAUAUCAGAGUUGUUUGUAAUGUUAUUGUAUAGUCAUUCUUGUGUAGCACUCAUAUUGUUUACAUUGUAAUGUAGGCUCAAUGAAACAAUAGACAAUACAAAAAUGAGAUGCAUUUUAGACACAAAAAUAGCUACUGAGGCACUUGUGUAUUCUUAUUUGCUGUAGCAAAUUCCGUAUAUGCCCCAAAUGUAGAUUGCAGCCUGCUACUGAUGAAUUGGUAGCCACUUGCUGGUGACCAACAGGCACAAACCUGCAGUUCACAUUUUGGCAUAUACACAUGGCUUUGCAUUCCUAUGUGGCUGUUUGUCUGUCUUUUUUCUUCAAAUCAGAUGUGGAUGUUUUCAUAAGGAUGGCAGCAUUCUUGUAUAGUACUCGUAUUUCUGUUUAAUGAUACACUUUGGUCUCCCUUUUUGAAAAUUUGCUCUCAAUGCAAUCCUUUGUAAAUGAGGGAACAUUACUGAAAGCAGUAUUAAGAAAUGGGGACUGUGCAUAUAAUUAUUUGUAACCCCACUGGGGGGGGGGGGGGGGGGGGGAAUUAGGUUUAUUGCUAACAAGCAAGAUGGGUGGGAGGUCAGUGGGAAUACUGAUUAUCAUUCCAGUGUCCUGAUA